UCCAGGGUAACGGGACUCCAGCUCAGGCAUCCACUGUGUUAAUCUAAUGGUCUGGAUGCCAUUGCAUUAAGUAGACGGCGGAGGAGGCAGCAGCAGCAGUUGUCUCCUCUCUGGACAUAAUUUGGACUGUUUACAAUCUGUGCGUAAGGCUGCUAAAUCUAAUCUACUGGCCCUAGAGUGGCUGCUGCUCCACACUAGUAGCCAUCCAUUAGCCAGACUGCUGCCCAGCGCAGAGCCAGAGCGACGUCACGCGGCUGGGAGAGGGCGUUAGUGCGCCUUGACGAGCUCCACACACACACGCUGAGCCAUGUUUACCGAGUGGGGAGAGUUUGAUCUGACUUGCAGAGCGCGCAUGUGGACUGUCACCCUGUCCGGGACCGAGCAGACAAUGAAGAGGAGCGACAGUUUCUCUCUGUGAUAUAUCUCUAAGAUGAGAGCCUUUGUGUUGAACCUGAUGAGUUCAGGAGGAUUUCGAAAGGGAACGAUCACAGUUUACACAGAAGAAAUGUCCACAACUGCAAGUCCAACCAUCCCUUCCUCACAGCUGACAUCGGAUCAACUCACAGUGGUGGCUGCAUCCUUUUCUUCCCUGGUGUUCUUUGUGGUUAUUGUGGUGCUGCUGUCCAUUAUUUACCGCAAGGAUCUCCAGUGCUGCAAACUCCGCUCCUAUCAGGGGCCACAUGCAGAUAUGGACGCUCCUCCCCAGUACUACAGCAGCAGACAGACACUGGUGGGAUCUCCUUGUCUAGAGCAGACUCAGAUCAUGGAUGACAGCAACACUCAGGCAGGUCAGCUGUUCUUCGUCGGCCUGCCCUCCAGCUACAGCCUGCCCACGCUGGAGACCCCCCUGCCGAGGCUCCCCUCCUACGAGAGCGUCCGAAAGAAGGACCGCCAGAGGCAGAUCCACAUGAUGAUCGCAGACCGCUUCGGCCUCAAUGGACCCAUUGUGACUGAGCCUCCUCCAACAUACGAAGAGAGUAUUCGCCAGUCUAUGGAGCUGCCGUACAACAUCCUCCCAUCCAGUCCGGAUGUCUGCCCUCCUCAGAGCAUUUACACCAACACAGGACCCGACACACCUCAUCCAGUCAGCUCUGACACCAACAGCGCUAUUCUACCUGUGUGAUUACCAAGCAAGCUUCUCAAGCUGGUACAUGAAUGUGACAGACGUGUGAUUGCUUUAUAUAAAGAUGAAAAACAUCCCGAAACAUGUUGAAGACUGGAACCUUCACACAAGCUGAUUCAGAUACCUCAAGACUGUGUUUAUGUUGAGAGACGGCUGAUGAAGGAGCAACCAAAGAGGAGCUUCAGGAAAGGACUUCUUUGGCUUGGCACGUUUGAAUGUUAAAACACUUUGUUACUGUACAUGCUAAUGAAUUUAGAGAAUCACUGGAUAUUUACAUUUACUGAGGUGGCUGGUACAUCUUGAAAAAUAAAUUUGAGGACUACAGGACUUAAACCAAAAAAGGGAACCACUAUUUACUUUGUUGAUUAUACUCUGUUAGUUCAGUGGUUCCCAACUUGGUCACUGGUCCAUUCUGAAUGGACUGCAAGUGACUCACGAAUGUGUCAAGUUUGUAAAAAACACACUUAUUUUUAAAUACAGUAAAUUUGUGGCACAGAGCUUUUAUUUUGAAGUGCCAUUUCCUGCUGUCAAUUCAGUGACUAAUGGACAGUAACUUUACAGAGACAGCAAACUAGCUGGACAACAUGGCCAAAUGCAAGUAUGAUGCUUAAUAUAUUAAACUGUGUGGACCUUGAACUAAUGACUAAGGAGAAAUCUGGACCUGGUGGCUGGACCAGUUGGGAACCACUGUGUUAGUGAACAUUUGUCCUUUAUUGAGACCUCAUUGCCUGGUUUGUAAAGUUAUCCGAAAUCUGUUUGUUUCUGUACCCUGCCGAGGCCGAGCCAUACCGCCAUACAGCAUGUGGUUCAGCCUGGGAGAGGGAAAAUAUUAAAAGGUGCUAAUGAGAGUGCCUUCCAUGAAGUUAUAAUGAGAUAUUACAACAAAUGCAUGUUUGCUUUUUACCCCUUUUUACCCCUGCUUAUUUUUUAUGUUGACAGGACAGCUUACCCCAAAAUCAAAAAUACAUAUUGUUCCUCUCAUCUGUAGUGCUGUUCAUCAGUCUAGAUUGUUUUGGUGAGUUGCUGAGUGUUGGAGAUAUCAGCCAUAGAGAUGUCUGCCUUCUCUCCAGUAUAAUGAAACCAGAUGGCACCCGGCUUGCGGUGCGCAAAACACUAAAACAAUACAUUUGAAAAACUCAACAGCAAUGUCUCUUUCCAGAAAUCAUGACCAUGUUACUCAAGAUAAUCCACAGACCUUGUUGUGAGCAGUUUCACAUAGGAGCUAUUUUCUUUCUACCAAACUACACCACCGUAUCAUAGCACAGAAGGAUGUGUGCAUCUACUCAUGGACAAGAGGCAAGAUUUCAACAUAAAUGGCGUCCUCCUCAGCUGAGCUGUAAUGUUAACUAGCUCAGUUAGCUCCAGUUUCCUCAACCCUGUUCCCUAGACAAGAUACUUUCAUGGUCUUCAUUGUUAAGUGGAGAUAAUUCCUUGUCUUAUAAAGAUACUCAUAACUGCACAGUGACAACUAUGUAUAAGGAUAUUUUUGAUACAACCAGUUUUUCUUAGUAAACACUGGUUAUUGUUUCUGUUGCCUUUCGCUGAAGUCUUUUUGUUUGAUAGCACAAAUGAUGUAAGCAACGCUAUCAACGCACUGCACAGCAACUGAACAAGUCUACAGUCUUUGGAUAAAAGACCUUUAGAGACCACCAAUACUACCGUCACCACUAAGAUCACAUUCACAUGUUCUGAUUUACACCCUAAUUCAACUUUUUUUCUGGUUUGUUUGAUCUAUUUACAAUUAUGUGUCCUCACCAGGAAGUGUAGUCCUGAAACAAAUCACUUCCAUAACUUUAAGAAAAUAAAAAGCCAGCUCAGUGGUGCUAGUUCAGCUAGCAGUAGAUGCACGCUUCCUUCUGCACGGUGAUACAGGUGGCGGGUGUAAUUCGGUAGAAAGAAAGUAGUUCCUACAUGAAACUGCUCACAACAAGGUCUGUUUAGGUCAUAAUUUCUGGGAAGAAACAAGCUUUUCAGAGAUAUUUUAGCGCUUUGAGCACCACAAGCCGAGUACUAUCAAGUUCCAUUGUAUUUAAAAGAUUCGACUGAUAUCUCCAGCACUCUGCAACUCACACCAAAUUGAACUACAGUCAUAAAUAGCGCUACAGGCAAGAGGAAGAAUAUGUAUUUUUUAUUUUGGGGUGAACUGUCCCUUUAAGACAGAUCAGACUCUCUAUGAUUUCUCUCUCUCAUAUAGCCAGGACAGAAACAUUGAUUUCUUUGUUCUGAUCUUAAAAAAAGGCUUGGAGGUGUAGAGUGAAGCGGAGUGAAUGUGAAAUGAAAACAGCGGAGAAAUACCAAGUUCCUCGUUGAGACCUGCUUUGUGUUUUUUCUUUAUCACACAGAGUUAUUCUCUGAAAUCUGCCAUGAACACAUGCCAAAUGUUUGCCCUGCACAUUGUCAUGUUCUGUAUUUAUUGAAAAGAAAAAUGAUUGACUCCAUUGUUUCUGCAAACAAGAGUAAUAAAUACUUUUAUUGUUUUGUU